GCGCUGUUGUGCCAAAUCACACAACAGCUUGUAGUUUCACUUUUCUUCCAUGGCUUGUAAAGUGUGACGGUCUUUGAAAAGAUAGAGAGCGAACGCCCGUGAAACGUUUGCAAGAUGGCAGAGAGGGGCAGGACCGUGAGGGUGAGUGGUCUGCCCACAGACAUCGAGGAUGACAGACUGAAAGACAAGCUAGUUAUCUACUUCCUGAGAGCCAAGAAUGGAGGAGGGGAAAUAGACUGUGUCACUAUUGUCAAGGCAACGCCUGUCUCUGCCCUCAUCACCUUCGAGGACAGCGAAGUGGCACAGAGAGUUAUUCAGCAGAGCCGGCACAUUCUGGAAGUGGACGGGAAGAAGUAUGAACUGAUCGUAACUGAGCAUCAUGAAAGCCUGGACCCAGACAAGGUUAUCCCAAGUUUAUUAGCAACUGUCAACUACAGCCAGCUUCCUGGGGGAAUAUCGGCAUUGAAAAACCUCCAUAAGAGCCACCCUGAUGUCCAGAUCAACUAUGAUGGGGAGUUCUGUACAUUGUGUGGCACCUACUCAAAAGUCCAGGCUGCCUUGGCUCAGUUACUUGUCUAUCCUGGAGACCCACAAUCAAAAGAAAACCAAGACUCAGGGCAACCUGCCCCCAGUGGCUCCAGGUCUGCACAGACAGCAAAGACGUUUCAUACUCGGGGGUCAGACGAUCAGAGCCGGAAACCUCAUAAGCAAAGAGAACAAAUCGAGAACCUUCACACUGGCAGGCCGUCUGAUGAGUACAACUCCAGCUCACAUAGAGACCUGACACCUAGUGAUUAUGGCUGGGAAGAUGUUGGCCAGAUAGAGGGUGCAGAUCUGCAGCUUCCUGGGCAUCCCACCACACCAGAGGAGGACUUCUCACUAAUUUUGGAUGCAGACAUGUUUCAGUAUCUGCAGAAACACUGCAGGAGGGAAUACCAGCAUAUACUCAGUCAGUAUGGUGUUGAGGCAGUGGAGAUGACAAACCAGGGGUUGACUACUUUGUUUCUGCAGGUUACAACAGGAGUGGAAGAGGGUGGUCAAGAGCAGAAACGACUGGAGUUGGCACGAAAGGCAAUAAGUGGGCUUUACCAAGAGAAUGAGACCAAGAUCCGUCGAUCUCAGCUCCCUAAGAAUAUCCUCCCCUCCAGGGGUGCACUGCAGAGGGCAAUAGAGAACUUAAAAGUCAGACUUCCCAAGCUCCUUCUGAAUGAAGAUGACAGAAACAUUUACAUCAUUGGUAGCAAGAGUGACGUGUCUGAAGCCAAGCAAUUCCUCCUGGACCCCGACAAAGUGCGGGAUAAAAAAGAGGAUGUGGCCAGUCUUCUUAGAUAUCCUUCAUAUGCUUCAAGUUCAUUAACUCCUGCUGAUGAGGUGAGAGUUCCCAUCACCAUCAUGUCCCCCACUGAAAGGCAUCUGGAUGAUAGGACAGAUCAGCUGCUGAGGUCAGAGGAGGAUGAGAAGAGAGCUGAAGGAGCCAAGAGGUAUAAAUUAGCAGCUCGGUUUAAGGAUUCAGGGCUGGCUGCAUUAGGCAAUCGACCAAGUGACUUCACCUUACGAGGGCUCUCGUCCUCUAGUAAACAAUCGCGUACGGGACCAAUGUUAGGGAAUGACGUCCUGAAAAUCUCCAGAGCAGAAUCCCAAAAGACUGGAGGGGACAUCUUGUUUAAAAGUGAGGAUUCUUUGCAUUCAUUUGGGUCUGUGCAGAAUAAAACCUCCUUGAACUCAAAUUCAGUGGAUACUCGCCCCAAGAAUUUAACAUCUCCCCUCAGCACUGCUCGGUCCAGUUUGUCAGGAAGUACUACACUUCCACCUGCAGGGUCUGGAUCCAACUUGAAGCGAGCCAGUAGUUUCUCAGGAACACCUCAGCAGAAGGCUCAGGUUAUGAGUCAGAAGAGUCACGACGACUCCAGCAAGUCCACAGUCACAUCCAGGGGCCGGUCUUCCAGCUUCAGUACCUCAACAGGGAGGGACAAGCGGGAAGUCUUUAAUGCAGAAAUUACAGUUUCUCGGGUGAUGUGGCAGCACAUAAAAGAAGCCUACAGGACCCGAGUGGAUGACCUGACUUCUGGUGUCCAGAUAGAAGAGAGACGGUCUGAAGGUAGUAGCGAUAUGACUAUCACCUUAAAAGCAGGCAACUCAUCCAAAGUCAGUUCAUGUCAGCAAGGUUUACAGAACCUGGUCGAGUCGGUUAGUGUAGACUUCUCUGUGCAGGAGAUGCUCUUGUCAGAGCUGGGUGUCACUGAUCCAGCAGAUGAAACGUUACUAGCUUGUUGUGCUGAGGUGCAAAGCCACUUCAAGAAAGUCACUAUCCAGAUUUUGAAGAAGAGCUUAUUUCUUUUAGGUCCGAAACAGUUGUGUUCUAAAGUGGGUGCUUCACUGCAUGAGGUGUUUUCUGGAGACCUGGCCCAAAUACAAGAACAGCGGGACUUCUUAAGCCCCUCUGUCUCCAACUGGUCACCGUCCUCUCGUUUGCAAAUGAAUGUUUCGAAAAGUACUAGCUUCCACUGUAACAGUAGCCCUCAGGUGAUGCUGCAGAGCCAAGCUGAAAGGACUGGUGGUGGCCAGGAAAGGAGCACAAACCGUAGAGGUGACUUACCUGAGACAGAGCUUGUGAAUGGAUCUAGCCAACUACUGGUGAGGAAAGACCCUGUCAUUAAGGAGAAAGUGAAAAUCAUAGGUUCAGUGGAGGCGGAUGGACAGAAGACGGAGACACUCGUCAACCACUCUAGCGCAGGAAAUAACAGAAAUAUAAGACGUGUGAAUGGUUAUGGGUCAACAACAGCCCGUGCUGAUAAGGCCAAGGCCCUUCAUAAGAAAGAGAGAACCAUGCAUUCUACACCAAAGGACAGCAUGCAGCAAAGACACGCAGAGAUCCAGGACACCCCAGAGGAAUCCAGGUCAGGUCAGGGAGACCUUGGGUGCAUCUGUGUGUGCGGGGACACUGGGGUGUCAGUGAUGAGAACUGAGUGUGGGGCUACUAUGUGCUCAAAAUGUCUGAAUGCAGUGCACGUCCACUGCAGAGUUUGUCACAAGACAGAUGCGACACCCCAGGGCAUCCAGGGCAAAAUGAGCCACUCUAGACUACAUCUCAGCCUAGCUGGUCACAGCAAGGACUCCACGAUCAAGAUCACUUACUGCAUUCCUGAUGGUAUCCAAGGGAAGGAUCACCCAUCCCCAGGAAAACCAUUUCAAGGAGGGAUGUUUGAAGCCUUCCUUCCUGACUGCGAGAAGACAAAGAAUCUGCUGCCCAGGCUGGAGAAAGCUUUCCGGCAGGGACUCACCUUCACAGUGACGGGCAAAGACGCAGGGGCCAGGGUCACCUGGGACUGCAUCCCACACAAGACUAGCCUACAGGGAGGCAAAUCAGGGAAUGGUUACCCAGAUUCCAAUUACUUGACUCGCUUGUCUCAGAUCUUGGCCUUCUAUGGGAUUGAAGACUGACCAGCCAAAUCAGCCAAAGCAUAAUUUUAAAAAGAACAGCAACUAAGGAGUAGUUUUGUUCACUUAAUUGAUUUAUAAUGUCUGAUGUUGUAUAUAAAAAUUUAUAUAUAUAUAAAAAAAAAAAAUAUAAUAAUAGAGUUAUAGUUCUCAUUGCAGCUAGGUUGGACUUUUAAAAUUUUAAACC